GGUCCCUUCCCUCCCGGCUCCAUCGCUAGUUUGGUUACACUUCAGGUGUUUUAUCCCCUUUUCGUCCCUUCCCUGCAUUCCCCGGGGGCGGCCGCGGUGCCGCUUGUUUUGCUCCCCGCCCCGGCUGCCACCUGUGGAAGGGGCGCGAAGGAGCAGGGGAGAGCCCGGGCGAGGUUGGCAUCUCCUCGUUGACCUUCUCUUCUUGGGAAAGGGAAUGGGGUGUUUUGGGUACGGGGCAGAGAGAAUUACUUCCUCCUGAUUGUUCCCGUCUUAAGGUGGGUCGGUAAAGCUGUAGUAGGUUUUGCGUUGUGUGACACCGGCUGACACCUGGACCAGUGGUGGUGACACAUCAUGUGCCAGGCGGAAUCCAGGUGGUUGAAGGAUGCCCCUGGGAGAUCUUGAUAGACACCGAAGGCCUCAAACUUUUGUAGGCGUGAAAAGCGAAGACGUUAGAAUUGUUUCUGAAAACUCCUUCAAAGAAACUUGGUUCCAGCUGCCAAACGGCUGAAAAAAACCCCGUCUGUGCUCAUACCUGGACAGUGAGGACAGCAGGGCAGAAACGCUUCGCCUGCCAUCCAGUUGGGAGUUGGUGACUCUGAUCUACUAGGAAUGGAAAGUCACGAAAGAGACUCGGCAGUUGUCUGGUUUUAUGUGGUGGCCUAAAGUCCCAGAGGAUGACCUAGCACUUAAGAAUCAAACUGGGCCAAGUUAAAGGCCAAGUUGACUUGAAAGAACCCUAGCAGUGGGACCAGGUCGGAAGCAAAGCAAGUCCCAAACUGAGUGUGUUUGGUCAAAGAUAUAUAUUCUUUUUAAAAGACGUUGUGUUACUGGAGCCAGGCCUGGAUCUUCUAGCAUCCACUUGAGCUGGAAGCAGCUCGUAGUUUUUUUUUUGGUUUUGGUUUUUUUUUUUAUUCAUGUUUGUACAAUCUUCUGGAUAUUUUUUUUCAAGAAGGAGUAAAAGGGAGUGUUGGAAACUAACAAACAGGAUUAAAACCCUGAGCGCUUAAGGAAGACAGGUUAAGGAACUUAAUCCAGGAUGGAUAUGCAGGAGCCACAGCAGCUGGGUAUGUUUGCAGAGAGUGAGCUGAUGUCUGUGGGGAUGGACACUUUUAUCCAUCGCAUUGACUCUACAGAGGUCAUCUACCAGCCACGGCGGAAAAGGGCCAAGCUCAUUGGCAAAUACCUGAUGGGAGACUUACUUGGAGAAGGGUCUUACGGCAAAGUCAAGGAGAUGUUGGACUCUGAAACCCUCUGUAGGCGAGCUGUGAAAAUACUGAAGAAGAAGAAGCUACGCAGAAUUCCCAAUGGGGAGGCAAAUGUGAAAAAGGAAAUCCAGCUCCUGCGACGAUUACGGCACAAAAAUGUUAUCCUGUUGGUAGAUGUAUUAUACAAUGAAGAGAAGCAGAAAAUGUAUAUGGUGAUGGAGUAUUGUGUGUGUGGGAUGCAGGAAAUGCUGGACAGUGUCCCAGAAAAGAGGUUUCCAGUUUUUCAGGCUCACGGGUAUUUUUGUCAGCUUAUCGACGGCUUAGAAUACUUGCACAGCCAAGGGAUUGUCCACAAGGAUAUAAAACCGGGGAACCUCCUGCUAACAACCAAUGGGACACUAAAAAUAUCUGAUUUAGGCGUAGCAGAGGCAUUGCAUCCGUUCGCAGAGGAUGACACGUGCAGAACGAGCCAAGGGUCGCCAGCAUUCCAGCCACCAGAAAUUGCCAAUGGCCUUGACACCUUUUCAGGCUUUAAAGUAGACAUCUGGUCCGCAGGGGUUACGCUAUACAACAUUACAACGGGUCUAUACCCCUUUGAAGGGGAUAAUAUCUAUAAAUUGUUUGAAAACAUCGGGAAAGGUGACUACACAAUUCCAGAGGAUUGUGGUCCUCCGCUCUCAGACUUAUUGAGAGGGAUGCUUGAAUACGACCCAGCCAAGAGAUUUUCAAUACAGCAGAUAAGGCAGCACAAUUGGUUUCGUAAGAAACAUGCUCAGGCAGAGGCUCUGGUGCCCAUACCUCCCAGCCCAGAAACAAAGGACAAGUGGAGAAGUAUGACGGCGGUGCCUUAUCUGGAAGAUCUGCAUGGCUAUAAUGAGGAAGAAGAUGAUGACUUGUAUGACAUUGAAGAUGAUAUCAUCUACACUCAGGACUUCACAGUACCAGGACAGGUGCCUGAGGAGGAGGCAGGGCAGAACGGGCAGAGCCGCGGCAAGGGGCUGCCCAAGGCUGUCUGCAUGAACGGGACAGAGACAGGACAGCUGAGCACCAAAUCGAAGGCCGAGCGGCGGCUGUCAGAGCUGCGCUCAGCCCCUGUGGCAGCUUUCAUCUUUAAUUCAUGGCCGGGAGUGAGUCACCUGCACGGGGAGUUACUCUAUCGGCAAGCAAGCGCCUUGGAUCUGGGGCUCCCCGGGGAGCCGGUGGGGGGCCCCCGGGGGACCCGCUGCUCCUCUCGCCCCUUCCCGCUCCGGUGCCGGGGCUCUCCGCGGCAGCUGCCCAGCGCUUUCGGGAAGGCGAGGGCCAUAGAAUCAUAG